AUGUGGAAUAAUCUGGCCGCAGAGGGGCAUAUGGCAAGCCACACAGGGAUAUUUGAGCCGAUGCGAAAUAACACUUCUCCCGACUUCAGGCGCCCGACGACUCGGAUUGUGACCACGCAGCUUACGAUAGCUCUGUCUCUUGGGCUAUUUGCGCUUGUGUCAUUUUCUGCCCUCCUUCGAAAAUUCCCCAAACUAUAUGCCAGUCGGAAGUAUAAGGUGCAAGGACUCCCGGACUGGGACCAGGGGUCGUUAUUCGGCUGGCUACCAGUUCUUUACCGCAUCACAGAUGAACAGGUUGUCGAGUAUGCCGGGUUGGAUGCAUUUGUACUUUUGGGCUUUUUCAAGAUGAGCAUAAAGCUUUUGGCGGUAUGCUGUUUCAUAUCCAUGACUGUCAUCUCUCCUAUAAGGUACAAGUUUACUGGCCGCUAUGAUGACGGGAAUGACGACGACGAUGACUCGCGUGGCAUAUACCGGCGGCUCUUUGCAGCUAUGACUGCUGUUGAGCCCGAACAUGAUACAGGUCCAGAGAGGGCGGAAGUCUACUUGUGGAUGUACGUUGUAUUCACAUUCUUUUUCACAUUUUUGGCUUUGCGUAUGCUUAUGAUACAAACAGAGCUCGUGGUGAGGACUAGACAGAGAUACCUUGGAAGGCAAAAUACCGUUACGGACCGCACCAUUAGACUUUCAGGAAUACCAGUGCAGUUGCGUGAUGAGGAAGGGUUAAAAAAGCGAAUUGAGGAAUUGAACAUAGGGAAAGUGUCCUCUGUCACCAUAUGCCGCGAAUGGGGUUCUUUAAAUAGACUAUUCCACUAUAGACAACUUGUGUUGAGGGAGUUGGAACUUAAACUCAGUGAUUGCCCGCAGGAACUAAGAUACGAAGAGCUGUAUUCUCGUGAGGAAUUUAGCCUGCGGGGCCGAGUAAGUGGUGCUCCAGCAGAGGACGCCAUUGAGCAGAGCCAGUCAUCAGAAGAUCAAAGCAGAGGGGAAAACGAGCACUUGUACAAUGAAAUUCAGCUAAAGGGAAGGCCCAAGAUGCGUAUUGGCUUAUUUGGAUGGUUUGGAGAAAAAGUGGAUGCUAUCGAUUACUUGAGCCAGAAACUACGGUUUAUUGACGAAGAAAUCAAACAAGCACGUACAAAACACUACUCUGCUACCCCAACGGCGUUUAUCACCAUGGAUUCGGUCGCGAACGCACAGAUGGCUGCACAAGCCGUUUUGGACCCUAGAGUACAUUAUUUUAUUGCUCGACUUGCUCCUGCGCCUUACGAUCUCAAAUGGGAUCACGUGUGUUUGUCAAGGCGGGAGAGACUAAUAAAGAGCUACUCUGUGACGUUAUUCAUUGGAAUUUUCAGUAUUUUUUGGAUUAUUCCCGUUUCCUACUUGGCCACACUAUUGAAUAUAAAAACCAUCUCCAAAUUCUGGUCUAGUUUGGGCAAGUUUUUAGAAGAUAACCAGUGGGCUGAAAACAUUGUGACUGCGUUGCUCCCAACAUAUAUUUUUACUCUCUUCAAUUUCGGAAUCCCUUACCUCUAUGAACGCCUAACGGAGCACCAAGGGCUUGUCUCUUACAGUGAGGAGGAGCUAUCUCUAGUGUCCAAGAAUUUUUUCUAUAUUUUCGUUAAUUUAUUCUUGGUUUUCACGUUGGCGGGUACUGCUUCCAAUUACUGGGCGUAUUUGAGUGACACAACGAAGAUAGCCUACCAAUUAGCAACUUCUGUGAAGGAGUUUUCCCUCUUCUACGUUGAUUUAAUCAUUUUGCAGGGUAUCGGCAUGUUCCCUUUUAAACUACUUCUGGCUGGGUCGUUGAUCGGCUUUCCUUUUGUCAAGAUCACCUGCAAGACUCCGAGACAGCGCAGAGAAUUGUACAAUCCGCCAAUUUUCAAUUUUGGUCUUCACUUGCCGCAGCCCAUCUUAAUAUUGCUUAUCACCAUAAUCUACAGUGUCAUGAGUACCAAGAUCUUGGCUUCCGGUUUGGCGUAUUUCAUUGUGGGGUACUACGUGUACAAAUACCAACUCAUAUAUGCCACUGACCACCUUCCCCACUCCACAGGGAAAGUGUGGCCCCUGGUCUACCGGCGAGUCAUCAUGGGCCUUUUAAUAUUCCAACUAACAAUGGCGGGCACUUUAGCAGGUUUCCAAGGCGGUUGGAUCCUGUCUUCCUGCUUGGCCCCUCUACCACUUAUAACGAUAAGCUUCCUCUGGGACUUUGAAAAGAACUACCUGCCAUUGUCGCAGUUCAUCGCACUCAGCUCGGUCAGAGAACACGAGCGCGACAGCAACGGUUCAUGCGAACUGGCCGAAUGCGAGAACUUCGAGUAUCCGCAUCUUGUGUCACCCUUGCAGGGCCCCAUGCUAGACUAA